AGUCCCUCUCCGUGGCCAUGGACACCUCGUACCCGCGGGAGGAGCGGCCGUCCCCCAAGCGGGGACAGCCCCCCGCGGCCCCCGCGCCCCGCGACCACCUGGUCUGGGCCAUCUUCAACACCCUCUACAUGAACUUCUGCUGCCUGGGCUUCGUGGCGCUCGCCUUCGCCGUCAAGGCUCGGGACAGGAAAGUGUCCGGGGAUGUGGAAGCUGCUCGGCACUUCAGCUCCAAGGCGCGGUGCUACAACGCCCUGGCCACGGCGGGCAGCGUGGUGCUGCCACUGCUGCUCGGUGCCCUCAUUGUCACCGGUGUCAUCCACCUCUCCAAGCUGGCCCAGGAGUCCGUCGGCUUCUUCACCUACCAGUUCAGCGGGAGCGACGACGAGGACCAGUGACCGGGGGUGAGGGCUGGUGGCACCUCCUCUGCAUGGCUGGUGGCCCCCCCAAAAGGCCACCACCCCCCUCCCCAACCCCAGUUAUUUUUGUUUAUCCUGUGGGAUUUUUUCCCUCCCGUUAUCCCGUGUGGAGCCCCAGCUUCCAUGGUUGCUAUUUAAAUCAUUAAACGCUUCACACAG